GCUUAGUUUAGUUUUCAUUUGAUUAAUUGCAAUAAUGCGCAUUACGCGACACUUUUCGCAACUGUGGGAGAAUCGCAACCCCACUGCUGCCUACCUGAGCACCUAUUUCUUCUUCGCGGCACUGCGCCUGGUGCUAGUAUUUGUGCCCCAAUUGGGCUACGUGCAUCCCGAUGAGUUUUUCCAGAGCGUCGAGGUGAUGACGGGUGAUCACUUUCGCUUGGAACACACACGCACAUGGGAGUUCAACAAUACGAUGCCGGUGCGGAGCAUAACGCUGCCGUGGGCUUUGCUCCGUGUGCCGUGGAGCUUCUAUGAGUUUGUGGCGAUGUAUGUGCGUGAAUUCUGGCACCUGGAACUGAUCAAUAGCUAUGCCUAUCUGGUGUUCCCACGCCUCAUCUACACGCUGAUCUCGUACAGCAACGACUAUUGCAUGUAUCGCAUUUGCCGGUUGUAUGGAUUGCGACAUGAGAUCCGUCUUCUGGCGCUUGCCAGCUGUUGGGUGUUGCUUGUCUUUGGCACACGCACCUUCUCCAACACCCUCGAGCUGGCCAUGUGCGCCUGGCUACUCUGUCUGGUGGCCGAAUGCAUGCUGAGAACAAAUACGGUUGUCUUCAAAAAGGAGUUUCUUGAGGAGAAGUACGACAAGGCGGCAUCGAUUAGUGAACGCGUCAAGAUAUGGAAACUGAAGAAUGCGCUGCCUGCGCACAACUUGCAGCAUAUGUUCGCCAUGUCCAGUAUUUGUGUCGCCGGCGUCUUCAAUCGACCCACUUUCCUGCUCUUCGGAGCACCCAUGGUCUUCUUCUGGUUGCUGCGUGGCAUGGGCACGAGGAGCGUGACCUUUCGGGACUUCAAUCUGCGCAUCGGACUCUUCUGCCUGUGUGCCCUGCCAGCUCUGCUGCUGUUCAUAUUCUGUGAUUCGCUGUACUAUCAGCAUUUAACGGUCGGUGAGCUGCACAUGCUCCAAUUGGGCAUAGACAAUUUUGUCUUUACGCCGUGGAACUUUAUCAAAUACAAUCUGGACUCGGCGCAGACAGCGUCGCAUGGCGUGCAUCCAUGCUAUGUGCAUCUGCUGAUCAAUGUGCCGCUGCUCUUUAAUGUUCUGGGCGUGGCCUCGUUGGGUGCAUUUGCUCAGCUCCUGUUGCGCUUCUUUUGCGCCGAGUAUCAACUGCUGCCCAAGUUCCAGAGCAUUGUCUCGCUGAUGUCGGGCGCAAUCUUUGUGCCAUUGUUCUUUUUAUCACUGAUCAAUCAUCAGGAGCCGCGUUUUUUGCUGCCACUCACAUUUCCAUUGCUUCUGUUACACGCUCCGAAGCUGAUUACGGGAUUUACUCCAGUUUAUCCAUUUCAGACGCAACAUCCACUGUUGAUUUGGUUCUACAAGCGGCUGUUGUGCAGCAGAGUGUCAGCGCCGCAUCUGCUCCGCAUUUGGUAUGUUUGCAAUGUGCUGUUGACGCUCUUCUUUGGCUUCAUCCAUCAAGCGGGUAUGUUUCCGCUGGCACAGCGGAUGUCGCAUGUGGUGGCUACUAAACCGACGGCGACCCAUGUCCAUCUGCUCACCUCACACAUGUACAGCCUGCCGCUGCAUCUGGUGAAUGUGCCCAGCUCGAGUCUGCAGCACUUUAAUCCACAGACACAUCAACGCUAUCGACGCCAACGUGACUUUUAUCUGUAUGAAUACGGUGGGCUCGCAUUGGACAAUCUGAUGUACAAGGUGAAGCUGAUCUCGGCCAAUUGUGAACUCAAGCGGAAUGGUGUGAAACGAUUGCGUUACAAGAUCUAUUUGGCCAUACCAGCUGCACUGAGCGGGGAGCUGCAUGAGGCACUGCAGCGCUCCAAUGCCAGCAGCUAUCUGAACUUUGAGCUCGUCUCCGUUUUCUAUCCACAUUUGUCAACGGAGGCGUUUCCACGCCUGCAGGGCCGCCAUCCCUGCGAUGUGGAUGCACCGCAUUGGACGCACGACGAUCUGCGCGGCACUUGCGCUGUGGAGCAGCCGCCAACGCUGAGCUUUGCCUACCUGAGCCGCCAGUUCAGCUCGUUUGUUCAUCAGUUCGGACUGGCGCUCUACGAGAUCGAUGUGCGCCGGAAACAAUCGAAAACAACGGCAACUCACACAUUAGAUCUGGACACAGCUCCAGCGACGCCGCUGCCGGAAUCAUCGGCGUAAUAGUUCGGAUUUUGUUUCGGCUUCAGAUUCCUGUCCAAAGUGUGUCUUAUACCAAAGAUUAAGCUAAGCAUUAGAUCAAUCAGUUGUUGGCAUUAAACACAUGCAGCUCUCAAUUCUAGUCACACCAUCACCUCAUAUAAUUGUAACAAUUAUUUAUCACAAAACAUUUGAUCUACAAACUGCAACAUUCCUGCUUAAAAUGAGUAGCUAAAUAUCAACACAUGUCCAAUGCUCAUAAUACAAUUAUUUACUAACUUAAAUUAAUGUUCGUUGAACACAAAAUCCUUAUCUUUUCGAACGUAAAGUAAGCAAAUUAAAAUAUGUAAAAUGUAUAACUGCUCAUUGUUUUUAAAGCUUGCUUAAUUCAUAAAUAUU